GAGCCUGGACGGAGGUGAAGGCACAGAGCAGCAGGACCUCAGUCACAGCAUCAGCACCCGGAAGGCUGCACGGAAAGGAUUUUUAAAAAAAACUUUUCUAUCAUCUUUAAUCUGAGGCUACAUCUUUAUCUUAUUACUUGUGGACCAAACAGCUCCAUCCUCAUCCUGCGCAUCCAUCCAUCCAUCCAGCCAGCAUCCCUCCUCCUCUCCAGCAGCAGCGUCUUUUUUGGGUUUCUUUUUUUUCCUGACAGUGUGUUGAAUGUGUCGCUCGGCUGCGGCGGUGUUGGCGGCUCUGACCGCCUGCCUGUGGUGCGGACCGGCCCGGUGCGCGGUGAUCCGGAACCAGCAGCAGCAGCAGCAGCAGCUCAACCUCCGGCCGCUCAUCGGUGUGUUGGCACAGGAGAACCUUCCAGGUGACCAGUUCGCUCGAGGCUCCUCGUACAUCGCUGCCUCUUACGUCAAAUACCUGGAGGGCUCCGGAGCCAGAGUCGUCCCCAUCCGGAUCAAUCGCACAGAAGACGAGUAUGCUAAGAUAUUCUACUCAGUAAACGGGUUGUUGCUGCCGGGAGGAGAUGUAGAUCUGCAGACAUCACAGUUCAGCCGAGCCGCCAAGAUCUUUUACAACUUGGCUCUGAAGGCCAACGAUGCCGGGGACUACUUCCCUAUCUGGGGAACUUGCCAGGGCUUCCAGCAGCUGUCCGUCCUCACGGCCAACAAAAACCUGCUCACGCUCACCGACACCAAGGCUGUGGCUCUACCUCUCACCUUCACACCAGCGGCCCAGUCCAGCCGUUUGUUCCGGAGCUUUCCCAAGGACCUGCUGCAUUCUCUGGCCGAUGAAAACAUCACUUCCAACUUCCACAGCUGGAGUCUGUCGAUGCAGUGGAUCGAUAAGCCCGGAAUGGUCCACUCCAGUUCUGCUGUACGAGCCAGCUUCUACUCUGCCAGCUUCUUUGUCUCUGAAGCCAGGAAGAACCAGCACCAUUUCUCCAGUCCUGCAGAGGAGGACAGAGCUCUCAUCUACAACUUCUCUCCCGUGUACAGAGGCAUCCACGCUGUGUUUGUGCAGAACUACUACUUCGAUUGAUGAAACGUGCCGCGGACGAAGCGGACCUGGGCUCGAGUCUAGUCAGCCGUAGAAACAUCUUGGCCCAAGUCGCAAACUUAACUUGAUGGAGUCGUCACUUAGAGCCUCGAGCAUCGAGUCGCUAAUGAAAUGCAGCAGAAUAGUGACGGGAUGUAGUGAUAAAUAAUUUAUGAUUUAAGAUAUACUUUAGAAAUCGUAACGUUUUAAAAUGGUAAUAGGAAAAUGCCAAAGCAAAAUGCAAAUACAAAGACAUGCAAAUGAAAAUAAAAAAGUUAAACAGUGCCAAUGUCUAUAGGUGGAUAUUACAUUUAGAGUUAGGUUACACUCUUUUAGAGCUACUGCAGCAACAAUCCAGAAUAACGUCUUACUGAUCAGAGGUAGUGGAAUCUGGUGCAUCCAUGAGCUACAAUGGUUGGAUGUUAGAUGACAGAGCAGAUUUUUGAGUUUAAUGUUUAGAUUCUCAGUCAUCCAGCUCAUGCUAAUCCUCAGUGCUUCUUUAAAGCACAACUGGACUUGUUUUUUUUUUGGUUCCUGAAAACAUUUCUCCAGUUGUAACUGACUUGUUGAGAGUCCCAGCACGUCGCGAGUGACCCCAGACUCAUGCCCGGAGGUGUAAAUGGUUGUGAAAACUGUCUGAGGAGGGAUCUCAGGACUGUCUGAUAAGUGGUGUCAUAGUGAGUGGCCUCUGUCCAGAAUGUGGACAUUGCUUUCCUCAAAGUAGCGUCCCUUCUCCUUUAGACCGCUGAGUCUUGUCCUUGAGGAGCUGGAUCUCCUGUAUUGUGUCAAGAACUUGUGGACCUGUUGUUUAGUCUCCCCUAUCUGUAGGUCUGUGCACUCCCCGCUGCAUUGGGCUCAAUAUAAAACACUGCUCAGCUUGUGUUUUAUCCAAAAGUAUGUAGCUGGUGCAGCACUACAGACCCAGCAACAGUCUUACACAAAAACUGGAUCACAUCUACGGAAGCUUGCAAGAACCAAAAGAAAGUCCAGAUGCCUUUUACUGAAGCACUGAUCCUCCUGACAUGAUUAAAUUAGCAUACUCGUCAUACCCUGUGCUGUUAACACUGCCGUCAAUGUAAAUUAAGAUGCAGUGUUUAGACUGUUUGAUGGCUGGAUGAUUAGAGUUAAUAAGAUAGGGUCUUUAUUGUACCGCAGAAUUAAUUACAGCAUACUAAACACAACAAUGCUUAUCCAAUUUGACAACUCUGUCAUUGCAGUAUGUAUCUGAGCUACCUGCUAUAGUCUUAUGAAAGAAUCCCACUUUAAAAAGAAAUGUCCCAGUAUAUCAUAUGACUGAAAUGCUUUACUGGAUGUCUUUGCUGGUAUUUUCAUCUUUUUAAUUAUUUUUGCAGGUUAGUUUUGUUAUCUCAUUUAGGUUUGCAUACACCCAGUCUGGCUUUACUUUCCUUAACCGCUGCCAUUUCUGUUUUUGUUUUUGUUUUUUCAACCCCUUUAAACCUUGUUGUACGAAGAGUUUCUGGAGAAACUUUUAGAAGGCACCAGCUCCAAGGUCAAAACCCAGCGCUUUCUGGUUUGAAGCAUAAAUAACCUACUGAAGCUCUGUGUACAGAUAUCGUUUUUUUUAAAAACCUCUAAAUUUUUUAGCAUUCCUACUGAGCGUUGCAAGCUAGCAUAAACAUAGCACAGAAGUUCUGAAGAUUGCACAUCGCUUGUUGCUUCGUUGGGGAAGGACUCUGGGCCUGUUUUAGCUCCUCAAAGUCCAGGUGGUUGGAAAGAAACCAGAAGGCUUUGUGCUGUCAGUGCUGCCAAAACCUGAUUGGGAUGCCUCUUAAACCCGGGAUUAAACGUAGAUAAUCAGUAAACACUGAAUCAUCUCAUUUCCCAUGUUGAGACUGAUCAUCAGCAAGAGAAAACUGAAGAUCGCUGCAGUUUCAUUGUCAAAUGAUGAAUGUAACUCUUCCUUCAGUGGAAACGGGAGCAUGUUUUAAGUUUUAUUGGCGUUAUUUUGUAGGACCACAAGUUACCCUGCAUGCAAAGUCUGCAAGCGAUACAGCCAGGAUUGAAAAUUCCUUUUACUUAUCUUUGAAGAGCAACCAUCUCCUUUUCAAGUUGUGUUAUCAUUUUCUAACAGCUACUAGCACCGAAGAAAGACCUCAUCUCUCCACGAUUGUAUUGCUGCGUGUCAUUCAGUGUUUUAUUCCUCAACGGGAGAGUGUUUUGUACACCACGUUGUCAGAGAAUGUUACAGAUCAGGAUAUUUGAUAGAUUAUAGUUUUUACAUUGUCGCAUUUUUACUUCAUAACGAGCUUCACCAGGCAAAUGACGUUCGCUUUGUACAAAUCAAGAUGGAACCGCAAAAUGCCAGAGCUAUGAGCCAUCGGCCUACAUGCAUAAUGUGAAUCGUACGGAUCAAUUGUGUGGUUUUUAAAAAAUGCAAACUUGAUUGUUUAACAGUGUUGAUGACCGGCAACCGCUCCAGUAUAUCAAACCUGUGAGGCUCGUAUUUUUUGAGAUUAGAAAUAAAUUACCUUUUUUUCCCAUUUCAAAUGAUUUCCAUCCAUUUAACACAUUCAAACAUUAUGCAAGAGAAGUGAUGAAGAGUACGUCCAAAGUAAACUGAUGAAUCAAUACAAUUCUAGACUUUCCCUUUUGUUCUUUCUUAGCAACAUCCAAAAACAUGGAGCCCCAGUCUUGUCCACAUCCCACUUUGGAGUAUUAUGUAAUGUAUUUACGAGUUCAAGUCGUUUUGGAAAUAUGCAUUGAACGCACAACUGAUUGUACGAGUUGUUGUCCUGUUUGUAUGACCGUGUGUCAGACGAUCAGACAAUAAAAAGGAGUCAAGUAAACC